AUGAUAUUCGAACUUUUCGCCAUUUAUGCAUCAAUUAUACUUGGAUGUAUUAUUUCCACAACCUCAUUGAUUCUAUUGGACAAAAAUUGGGGACCAUUACCUCAUUACUAUCUACAAUUCAUUGAAUGGAUCCAAAGUUUCUAUGGAAAAAUCUAUCCGGAAACGGACGAAGCUCCCUGGCCAGCGAUCAUCAAAAAGGUUCUUGUUUACGUUCUCGACCGGAGUGCUAUUGAACUCAUAGGAAUGUUCAGAGAUGAUUUGAGCACGACAUAUAGCGAAACACUACUUCGAACAUCUCCUUUGCCACAUUGGACAAUGGCACAAAAAGCCUUGUUCUACUUCACCAUGUUCUUCAGGUUCGGUUUUCUCUUCCCGACACGCCUAUGCCUCUUACUCAUCUCAUUCGCAUUUUUUGCUGGCUCCGCCUUUGUCGCCGUUAACAAAAAGCUCAGCGACAAAGAAAAAACAUGGGUCGGCAUUAUAUACUGCAGGCUAUACUGCAGUGCAAUGGGCGUUGUCGCCACCUACAAGAACAAACGUUUCCGACCGAAGGAAGCAGGAGUGGCAAUUUCCAAUCAUCUCACACCGAAUGACGUUCAGUUGCUGUUCGCAGGAACUCCUCUGGGCUCUUCUCAUGGCUUCGUGGUAACCGGUCAAAAACACACUGGAAUUAUCGGUUCCCUCGAAACUCUUGCUGAGAAGGUCUGCCCCACAUUCUGGGUGGAGAGAAAAAGUGCGAACGGUCGAAAGGAGUUUCUCGCUGAACUGGUCAAGAGAGCCAAGUUUGGCGGACCCGUACUGCUCUUCCCUGAAGGCUACUGCUCUAAUAACACACAGGUUCUGCAAUUUAGAAAGGCAAUAUUCGAAGAAGGAAUCACGAUCUAUCCAAUUGCUAUUAAGCAGGACAGUAGAUUUGGUGAUUCCUUUUGGCAGGAGGAUGGGUUCAACUCGUACCUAUUAAGAGUUAUGAGCAGUUGGGCGACUCCGAUCGACGUUACAUACCUACCUCCUAUGAAACGACUUCCACGAGAGACAAAUGCCGAAUUUGCUGCUCGAGCUCAGGCUGCCAUCAGUGACGUCGUUGGAGUCCGAGCUGGAGAGUUCGACGGCUUGUUAUGGUACAGGUGA